UUUGUGGGAUAAUCUGUUCUGAGGAAGUUGAGGAAGAAGAGUAGUGAGACUUUGGCCAUGACGUCUAUAUCGAAUCAAAAGGCAAAAUGUACCACAUUUCCAGUGGGAAAACGAAUGAUUGUUACAGGUCCAGAUUAUAUAAAGGACUAUCUACCUAAAGUUCAUCAGCAUACUUCCUACAUUGGAGAAAAUCGCCCGGUAUUAGAAAAAACUGGAGAUCUCAGAUAUUUAUGGAGGCCUGCCUCAAACAGAAGCUGGCCGGCCAAAUAUAGACAUGAAUACGUUGCUGAAAUUGGCUGGGGAAUACCAGUGUAUAAUUUUAUCAAUAAAACAAGGCUUGAGUCUGGCUUCCAUAUCAAGUAUGAAGAACCAAGUCUAGGUGCUAUUGCUAAAAAUGGCCACAGAUACCAAAAUCCAUGGUAA